GCGAGGCCCCUCCCGGUGCGGCGGCGCGCAGCGGGGCCGGGGCCGCUCACACCGGCGGCGGCGGCGGGGCCAUGAAGGUGAAGAAGAGCGGCGGGGCCGGGGCGGCGGCGGCCAGGACCGAGGAGGAGCUGGGCCGAAAGGCGCUCAUCGGGCCCGACGACGUGCUGGGGCUGCAGCGGGUCACCAGCGAUUAUUUGUGCACUCCUGAGGAAAAUGUUUACAAGAUAGACUUCACCAGGUUCAAAAUCCGGGACAUGGAAUCUGGCACAGUCUUGUUUGAAAUCACCAAGCCAGCAGCUUCAGAGCGGGAGCACAAUGACAGGAAGGACGUGGACCCCAACGCCGGACGCUUCGUGCGCUAUCAGUUCACGCCGGCCUUCCUCAGGCUGCGGCAAGUGGGAGCCACGGUGGAAUUCACAGUAGGGGACAAACCCAUUAAUAAUUUCCGUAUGAUUGAGCGGCACUACUUCCGUGACCAGCUGCUGAAAAGUUUUGAUUUUGAAUUUGGCUUCUGCAUCCCCAGCAGUAAAAAUACUUGUGAGCACAUCUAUGAAUUCCCCCAGCUCUCGGAGGAUCUCAUUCGAGAGAUGAUCCUGCACCCCUACGAGACACAGUCGGACAGUUUCUACUUUGUGGACAACAAGCUGGUGAUGCACAACAAGGCAGAUUAUUCAUACAGUGGAGGACCUUGAGCGUGGGCUGGACGGCCCCAGCCGCGCUGGCCUCCCCUUCCCUCUGGAAGUCGUCAGGGAUCCCAACACCUCCAAGCUCCUGCAGUGUCACCUGGACAAGGAUCCACCCACCAAGGACUCUUUGCCACAGUAGGAGUUUCAUGACAUCUCUUUUGAGCUUUGAAGCAGACCCGGUUCUUCAGAAGUUUUAAGCUAAAAAUGAUCUUUGGAUACCACUUCCCUAAGUUCUUUUAAGUGUCUGCUUUGAAAAUGGCCUUGUGGGACCUGAGGGGUUUUGCCCUAAUUCUGUGAAUUUUAUGUUCUUGCCCUUGAGUAUCUUUUAGGAUUGCUUUCCCAAAGAAUGUAAUCAGAGAAACCAUGGGAGUGGAUGGGUGCAGAGGUUUGAGUGGUUGUUUCUCUUUGUGAAUGCUUCAAAGGCCAAUUUAACUUGUCCAGCCUGUUGAAAAUAUCGAGCAAAACAUCUCACAAAGGCAAGUUUCAUCUUCAGACUGGCUCUCUCCACGAGUAUUUCAUCCUUUAGUGUCAAUCCUUCUGUGUAAGGUUCUGUUUAACCUUGGAAACACCAAAACCUGCAAUGAAGAGCAAUAGUUCAGUGACAGAGCUGUGUUAAUUGGGUAUUUUUACAUUUACAUUCCUUUUACAUUUCAGAUGAAGGUAAAAUGCCAUUGUGGGUCUAUGAACCUCCAUAAGUACUUUCCAUUGAUUUCAGUUUUUUUGCAGAAUAAUCAGGAAAACCGGAAGGAUUUUAGUUUUAUUUAACAUUUUUGCUUUAUUUAACAUUCAACCUUUUCAUGCCACACAUUUCCCAUGUCUAUUUUUUUCAUCUCUGCUCGAUACCAAGAUAAGGACUUCAGCACUGCUUGUUAGAGCAACAUUUUAACUGUCUAGGGCAGCUGGGGAGUGUGGAAUUUCCAAUUUUCUAUGUGUAUCUGCAUUUAAAGGAGGUUAAGACAGCGUUUUCCCUUUGUUAAAAACGUUUCUCAUCAGAUAGUAAUACAGGUGAAGCUAAAUCUAAUAAUCUACAACUUUAACACACAGGAAAAAAAUUUAGCAAGAGUUCUCUCUUCUCUUCUGGAAGAAGUUUAACACCAAUUGAACCCAAGAAAUAGCAACACCAAGAAUAAACUAGUGUGGGGUGAUCUAGUUGUCAUGAAACCCUUACUCUGAAGGUCAGUUCACUGAUACUUAAAACAAAAAAAAAAAGAAAAAAUCAACAAAAAUAAAAGACAGUUGCAGUCUGUAGAUAUUUCUAUAAAUACUUGAUGUCUCCAUGUCUAAUUCUGUGAGUUGAAGUGGAACAUUCUAUGUUAGCCUCUGAUAGGUGUAAUAAUUGUAAUAAUUUUUGUUAAAAUACCAUUUCCAGUCGUGAUGAGCAUCUCUGUAGUCGCAGCCUGUGUCAGACAGGACUACAAAACAAUUCCAAGUGUAGCCUAAGGCCAGGGAGGUUUUUGUGCUCUUGUUGGGGUUGUGGUCACUUUUCAGUGUGUCACCAUUUGUAUUUGGCCUGGCUUUUUUGACUGCUGAGAGAGGAAGCAGUUUUUAAAAAAAAAACCAACACAGUGAUUUUAGGUUGCAGCACAGUUUUUAUUAAGCUUGGUAGCUACAAAAGUGUGUCCAGUUCACUGAUUUUACACAAGUAGUAGCUUGUAGUAAUUCUUAUCACAGUGAGACUUGUAUUUAUCACUAUUUUUUGUCUCUAGUGUGUUAAAUCAUACAAGUAGCCUACGGCUGACUGAUCAGUUUGAGAGAUACAAAGGAUUUCCUCAUUAUUUGUGCAGUACUUUGAGCUACUGACCAUUAAUUUUAUAGCACAAUAAUUACUAAGGAUGGAAAUAGUUUCAAAAAUGUUUUCAUUCCUCCCCCAGCUUUUUUUUUUUUUUAAACAGGACUGUUAAAUCAUAUCUCCAAUGACGUUUUGCAAGUUUUAAGUAUUUCUGAGCUUAGUUUCAAUUUACAGGAGAGAAAAAUGUUAAUUUAAAGACAAAAUAGAGUGAAUGUUUAUAAUUACCAUCCUGUACAGGGUUUUUUGGGGGUUUAUUUUUCACCUGCUGUUCAUAAUAGUCACUUAAGUGUAUAAGAUUUUUAAAAGACUUUUAGGAAUUGAAUUUGCCCAGAAUUGCCAGUCAUCUAUUUAAUAUGUUGUGAUGAGAUCAGGUGUGGUCUCUUGGGUCAUUUGAUGGAGUUUCCUCUGAAAUAGUCAUGUUCUGCUCCUUUUUUAUGCCUUUCAAGACUUACAAAAAAAAGAGAGAUUCCAUAAAAAUAUUACUCUAAUCAAGGGAAAUUUGAGUCUUAGACAUGCCCCUUAUCAAAGAACCAAGAGAAAGUCACUGUGUUCCCAGGAGUGCAGAGUGUGGAUGGAAUUUCUGACAUUUUUCUGGGGUGGGUUUGAGGUUAAACACCAGAGGAUGAAUUAUCAGGUGCUCCCCUCUGAAAUCUUUUAUAAUUCAGGUUACAUAUGCAAUGAUUCCAGUCUCACAGAAAAUGUAGUGUGAAUCAUAUGGGAGAUAUUACACUGAGUGGAUUUGUUGCCUAAAUAUUAUUAGGAAUAUUUUAAACCAGAAAUAAAGAUUGGACAUUUUCAAUAAAAUCAAUUUCAACCAAUUUUAGCUCUACCUUUUCAGUUAGGACAAUUUUACUCUUAUUAAAAAUCCCCAGAGUUUGCCACAAGUAAUAAAUUCUGAUUCCUAAACCAAGGCAAAUAACAGAACUUUCUGUGGGAAGUGCAAUGAAAGUGCUUUUUUCUGUGUCCCACUGAAGCUGUUAUCACUGUUAUCUCUCUGUUUUACUUGGAAAUUAUUUGUUAGGAUUUCCUCAAGGCCAUCCACAUCCACAAUCUUUGCAAACACGUGGGAAUCACUGUCCAGGAGAGGGAUUUUGUGCCUUUCCCACCUGCUCAUGCAGCAGCAUCACGUGUGGUGUUGAUAUGAGGCACAUAAACAGCACUAAAAGAAUGUUUCUUCAAAAACUUUGGCUGUAGAGUUGCUCUUUUAAAGCCACUUCUGCCCUUGUUUUGCUUAAAAAUUACCUUCAAAAUUUAGUGUUAAAGACCAGACUUUGUGCAGCACCCAAUAAUUUCAACUUCCUUCUGAGAGGGAGCUGAGUUUGCAGCUCACUUGUGAAACCCACAAUUUUUUCCCUUAAAUUGGCAGCUGGUUCUUAUUAUAAACCAGUUGAGAAUGAAGUCUUAGCAGCAUUGUUCACAGAAGAAUUUGUUAAUCUUCUUGACUAGCUAUUAUUUUGUAUUUUAACAUUCAUCAUUAUUGGGUUUACUUUAGAAGUUCAUUGCGAAAUCACCAAAUAUUGGCUCUGGGAAAAAAAGAAUUGUUGUAUUUUCUUCCUUGAUCUCAUUUUAAACAUGACUUUAAUUAGCACCACAGCUUUGUUUUAACAAGCCAGCCUGGCAAUUUGGGAUCUGACUUUUUGAAAGUGAAAGAAAACAUCCAAGAGCUAACUAAGAUUAUCUGCUAAUAAUGCCCGUCUGUUUCCUGUCAUAAAACAGGAUUAAGUGUGUGCUUUAUACAGUGACUUAAUCUUGGAAAAAGAAACUAAGUCUCUCUGAGUGCUAAUAGUGACAUAAUUUUUCUGAGAGACAGGGAAAUUACAGCUCAACACAUUCUUUCAGGGAAAUUAUAAUUUGACAUAUUUUCUUCACUUUGUCAGUCUUGGGUUCCUUUCGUAGUCAGGGUUUUUAAGAAAAGCAGCAAUACACUGGUGGUGAGCUGCAUGCUCUAAUAACUCACACUUCUGUGGCAGGGAGAGAACCUUUUUUUUUUUCUUUUAUAAUUAACACAUCAGCUGUGGUUGAAAAUCUAGAAACUUUGCUCUCAGUUCAGUGGCAAAAGCCAAAAUUGUUUCUGUGAAUUAUCCGUUAUGUGGUGACAUUUCUGAAAUAACUGAAUGAUCCACCCUUCCUGACUCAGAAGAGUUUAUUUAUUUAUUUAUUUUAAUGUAGAAAGUCUCCCCAGGGUUGAAAAAAAUCUGCUGGGGUUUAGUUCUUGCUCAUAAUCUCUCUCUGUGUCUUGUUUUUUGAGCAGGUCAGUAAGAUGCUCUAUUUUCCACCUCUGUCCUCUUGAGUUUUAUUCCAAAAUCUUGUGUAGUGUCUCAGUGGUGGCUGGCUGUGUGUGAAACAUGCAGGCUACUUCCAAAAUCUCUUCAAUCUGAGAAAAAACUGUUAAGGUAUAUUGAGAAUUAUCCUACGUAUUGACCCAUAAAAAAUAAACCCCAAUCUUAAUGGCAAAUUUAAAGGGAACUUUUAUUCAUGCAAAGAUUGGGGGCUAUUUAAGGUAAGAAAAUGCUAAUACCCAACUCUCAUAUUUAGUUAAGUAUUAUAAAAAUGCUCUAUUAAUUAUUCAUAACCUGGAAAAGGUGGUUAACAGCUCAGUUUUAAUUAGAUCUGGUUAGGAAGGAGACCACAGAAAUCAUUGCUGUUGUUUGGGGCUGCGGGGCAGCAGCUGGUGGCACAAAAUUGGGGCAGGUUUGUCUGCAUUUUGGGGGGGAAAGGUGAGGAAAAGGAGGACAAGGAUAGAAAAAAGCAUUAAUUUCAGCUAUUUGGACCUAAGAGCUUCAAGGCCAUGGUGAGUGACUCAGUUUUCUGCUGGGUCUGAGGCAGCUGGGAGCUCCUGCUCGUGGUUCUUCUCUCUACCCCCAGCCUAAGCACUGCCUGAAUUUAUAGAGGAUUUUCAUUAUUAAUGUUAAAUACCACUGAGAGUUCAUAUCAUUUAAUCCACAUGGAAAUUGCUGAUUUAUUUGAGGGCUGGGAUGCACCAGGCCUCACCUUGCAGCUCAGUUGUUCUCCCCAUCACUGGUCAGUGGGUGAAAUGGUGUUUGUCUGUCUGCAGCCCCCCAAAAACCCCCUGUGCUCCUGCCUGCUCUGGUGUCUGCUUGUAUCUGAAUGCACCCAGCAAACCUGUUUGAAUGUGACUUUUUUUUUUUUUCCUUGGCAUAGAAACAGAAUUGUCUGUAUUAAAAUGUAUUUAUAAAAAAAAAUCUAUUUUUUGUGGAAGGAAAGUAGGAUUCUGGUUGCUAUACCACUGGGAAAACAUUAGGAGCAUUUUUACUGAGUUAAUUUCUAAUUCUUUGUACCUUGGUAGUGAUUUGUUUGCUAGGAGAACAUCCACUGUGGCCCACGCAAUGCACUGUCAUGCAGAGAAUCUGGUUUUCAGAAAACUGGGAGUCCUUUGUUUCCUUUUUGGGACAGGAGGGAACUGAGGAGAUCACCAGGAAUAGAAGGAACCUUGGCACAGAAUCCGUUCUGUGGCUUUGGCUUCAGCCUGUUUGACUUUUUGCAGAUUAAGUAGAGAGAGAGAAAAGAUUGAGACUUCAGGAUUAAAAAAAGAAAAAAAAAAUAAAAAAAUUAGAUGCUACAAUUUAGUCUUCCUGUAGGAGAAGGAGAGUCCUUAAAUUAAUUUAUACAAGGUUUAAAUAGGGACUGCACUUGCUUCAAUUGGUUUAAUAUUGGCAGCUUAGUCAUUGAUGUACAUCCUAGGGAAUAUGUUUAACUUUUUCCAUUACCUUGGAAAAUGGUUCAAAAACAUGUCACUUCCAUUAGCAAGUGUUUCUUCUCCUGUAACAAAUUGCAAAAUGUAAAAGAAAAAAUAAAAUAAAUAAAUUAUUGAUCCUAGA